UGGGUGCAAGCGCAGCGAGCGACUCGCGGACUCUUUUCCUCUUCCAAACAGCUCCUUCCAAAGCCAAGCUGUUACGUACGUCACGGGCUGUUACAAACAAGUUGUAGCGGACCCUCUCCGUUGUCUGUUGUAACCUUCUGGCCGGAACAGGAACAUCCGAACCAGCACACAGGACACCCACCAUCGCCGGGCACACCGCACACCACACGACACACUGCAUGCCGGUAACGGCGUUAGAAAUGGAGGCUGAACCGACAGCCCUGUCGGACCCCCUGUCGCCGAACCUGGAUCCUUCAUACGUGGAUGGCUUGUUGGUGAACUCUUCUUGUGGAUGGAAAGUUCGGGCGCAAGUUCUACUGCCGUUGGCGCUGGGGAAUGCGGCGGAUGCUGUGGAAAUCGUGAGCGCAGGCUACAUCUUGAGGACCUUCAAACACGAGGACGGGAGCGCUCUCAACAGCACUCAGAAAGAGCUCCUCACAGCCGCAGUCUUCGUGGGGAUGCUCGUCGGAGGAAUUCUGGCGGGAAGCGCUGCAGACCGUCUGGGCAGGCGCAACUGCCUUCUCAUUUCCCUUGCCGUAAACUGCACCUUCGCUUCGAUUUCCGCGGCGGCUCCUUCUGUUGGCUGGUUGAUUGCGGCUAGGGUGUGUGCCGGGCUAGGUAAGCUACGCCGGAGGAAGAUGCAUCGAAUUGGAUCGACUUGUGCCCCUGAUUUGUUGGCGACAGUGGACCACUCGGCAUCAAUCGUAGUGGCCGAGGAGUUGUUCUCCGUGGAAAACGGGCCAGGUUUGGAACAGUUUCUCCGCGCUCUUGCUGAACCAGUUUUGUUUGAUCGGAGAGGCUUCUGGUGCUUGUUUGAGGAGCGGCAACCUCCAGGUGUGGGCGGCUCGAUUCCCGUUGUUUUCACGCUCGGUGCCGAGUUGUUUGCCACUCGGAUUCGAGGCGCGAUGGUGUCUCUCAUCGCAAGCUUCUGGAUGGUCGGCUCGGUGUUUGCGGCAAUCGCCGCGUGGGUAGUGCUCGGCGAUGGUUUUGGUGGGAGGCGGAUCUUCCCAGGAGGCACCUGGCGGCACUACGCAUUGGUUGCAGCCCUGCCAGCAGUAGCAGCCCUGUCACUGACCUUUAUCUUCGUUCCCGAGUCACCGAGGUUUCUCGCUAGAGAAGGCCGAUACGACGAGAUGAGGAUCGUUAUGCAACGGAUGACGAAUGCUCCCGUCCAUCUACCUUCGGGACUAGUCCAACAUAGUUCUACUAGAAGACCCGGCCCCAGCUUCGCAAGUGCAUGGCAAUCCUGGCGGCGCAGCUUGGGCGGCGGGUUGUAUCAAAGCGCAUCAGGGAUUGCUCCAGAUCAGAUUACAGAGACCUCUUCCAUGAUCAACAACCCAGAAGAUGAACUAACCCGUGGCAGCGAAAGCAGCGGUACCAAGGACCAGCGUGACGGGGGCGUGAUGCGAAUCCUUUGUCCGGGGAACGAUGCGAGACUCCAAAGGGCGACGAUCGUGCUGGUCGUCGUGUGGUUCACGUUGAGCUACGGCACGUAUGGGGUAGCCACGUGGAACAACCAGGUCUUCGCCGAUAUCGGGCUGUCCAACCCGUACCUUUGUUCUGUUAUCUACUCUCUCUCCGACCUCCCGGGAAAUGUAGCGUCCAUUUUUUUGGUUGAACAGGUUGGGCGAAAACCGCUUUUGUCUGCGUCAAUGGUGCUUGCUGCGGUUGCGGCAUCAGUUUUCGCUCUAGGAUCUGGAUCUGGAGCAGGGGUGGUAAUUUCUGGGGCUUGCCUUUUCAACGCGUUUAGCACGUGCGGAUGGAACGCCCUAGGUGUCGUUUCGACAGAGGCGUUUCCGACUGCCGCGAGGGUGUCGGGGAUGGGGCUGGUGUCGGCGGCGGGGAGACUGGGUUCGAUUGGGGCACAGUUCGCGAACGGUUCCUUAGAGGGUAACGUUUUCCUUCUGCUCGCCGUGACGAGCGGAUUGACAUUGGUGGGAGGGUUAGCAUCUUUGCUGCUCCCUGGAGAAACGUUAGGGGUGUCUCUCGAUGGCACGACGCCAGAUCGUGCAGUCUCGUAGUCUAGGCUGUACCCUUCGAGUAGGGGGGCCGAGGGGGUUUUGGGGUUUGUGUGGGAAGCGUGGUUCAACUUCUCGCGGUAUUGAAACAAACAGUGCAGAGACAUGCAUGGGUCUCGCGAAUUUGCCAUUAUUGUAGUGUGGCUUGUCUGGUCCUGAACGUGUCAAAUGCGAAUUG